UUGCCCCCGCCUCGACGCACUCGGAUUAGCUGCAGCUGGCGCCCAGGGAUUUGAAUCUGGACCCCAGGAGGGAGCGCGCCUAGGCCGGCCUCGGAGCGGCGGCCCCGCGGACAACAUGCUUCGCAAAGGGUGCUGUGUGGAAUUGCUGCUGCUGCUGCUGGCCGCCGAGCUGCCCCUGGGCGGCAGCUGCCCGCGGGACUGUGUGUGCUACCCGGCGCCCAUGACGGUCAGCUGCCAGGCGCACAACUUUGCUGCCAUCCCCGAGGGUAUCCCCGUAGACAGUGAGCGCAUCUUCCUGCAGAACAACCGCAUCACCCUCCUGCAGCAGGGCCACUUCAGCCCCGCCAUGGUCACCCUGUGGAUCUACUCCAACAACAUCACCUUCAUUGACCCUAACACCUUCGAGGGCUUCGUGCACCUGGAGGAGCUGGACCUCGGCGACAACCGGCAGCUGCGGACGCUGGCCCCCGAGACCUUCCAGGGCCUGGUGAAGCUUCACGCCCUCUACCUCUACAAGUGUGGGCUCAGCGCCCUGCCGGCGGGCAUCUUCGGCGGCCUGCACAGCCUGCAGUACCUCUACCUGCAGGACAACCACAUCGAGUACCUCCAGGAUGACAUCUUUGUGGACCUGGUCAACCUCAGUCACCUGUUUCUCCACGGCAACAAGCUGUGGAGCCUAGGCCAGGACACCUUCCGGGGCCUGGUGAACCUGGACCGUCUGCUGUUGCACGAGAAUCAGCUGCAGUGGGUCCACCACAGGGCUUUCCAUGACCUCCGCAGGCUGACUACCCUCUUCCUCUUCAACAAUAGCCUCUCGGAGCUACAGGGCGAAUGCCUGGCCCCCCUGGGAGCCCUGGAGUUCCUCCGCCUCAACGGCAACCCCUGGGACUGUGGCUGCCGGGCGCGCUCCCUGUGGGAAUGGCUGCAGAGAUUCCGAGGCUCCAGCUCCGCUGUCCCCUGCAUGUCCCCCGAGCUGCGGCAUGGCCAGGACCUGAAGCUGCUGAGGGCCGAGGACUUCCGGAACUGCACGGGGCCAGCAUCCCCCCACCAGAUCAAGUCACACACGCUCACCACCACUGACAGGGCCGCCCGCAAGGAGCACCACCCACCCCACGGCCCAGCCAGGGACAAGGGCCACUCCCACGGCCAUCUGCCCGGCUCUCGGCAGGGCUCCAGGAAGCCAGGCAAGAACUGCCCCAGCCACAGGAACCGCAACCAGAUCUCUAAGGCGGGCACCGGGAAGCAGGCCCACGAGCUGCAGGACUAUGGCUCUGACUACCAGCACAAGUUCAACUUUGACAUCAUGCCCACGGCACGGCCCAAGAGGAAGGGCAAGUGUGCCCGCAGGACCCCCAUCCGUGCCCCCAGCGGGGUGCAGCAGGCCUCCUCGGGCAGUUCCCUGGGGGCCUCACUCCUGGCCUGGAUACUGGGGCUGGCGGUCACUCUCCGCUGAGGACCCAGGGCGUCAGCACCCAGCACUGCCACAUGUCCACCAAGGAACAGAAUUUCUUUUCUUCUUUUUUUACAAGUGGAAGAUCUGCUGGGUUUCAGGAAAAGGCAGGUAGAGGCUUUGGCUGCUGUCUGGACCCUGCCGUGUGAAUUAUAAACCCAAAGUGUACAGCCCUAGGCGGGAGGGGAUUAGCGCAUCUCACCCGGCUGUCCCGGCCAGCCCCCGCAGAGCACCCACAGACAGCAUCCACUCCAGCAAGGCAGUAAAAGGCACACAAAGUGAAUCCUUCAUUAGUAACAGUGGGACAAUUGCCCCUCACGGGAGCUGGGCUCUGUGGAAUACUGAUCAUUUGGAGUGGCGUGAAAGGCCCUGCCAUUCCUGGAGGAAGCAGGACUCAGAGAAGAACAAACAAGGCUCACCCAAGAGGCUGGUCAACCAGCAGUCUGGGAGCACCCAAGGAGGUGGCAUCUUGGCUCUUGCGUGAGACCACUUAGUCAACCUGAAUCCCACCCCAUGCCACCUUCAGUCUCUCCCUCGGGGAUAACGCCUCUCAUUCCUGAUGUCUCAGGCAACCCUGGCAGACCCAGGCCCAACUGCUGGGGUCCAAGAACCAAUUACCAAAGGAAAGAUCAUCAGAGGCUGAAAUUUAGAACUUCAUCACGUGCAAUGAGGUUCUCACAGAAGGUGCAGUUUUAUAACUAUGUCCACUUAUAUACAUACACACACUCUACAUAUAUAUAUAUACAGAUGCACAAGUCCCCUCGCCCACUUCGUUCCCAAAGUGUAUGUCUUUUCAUGUUUAUAAACUAUACAGAAAACUGUAUCCGCUGAACUAAGGAUUGUAUUGGUGAUUUCUAGCAAGAAAAAUGUUAUCGAAUUUUUGUCUAGAAUCCCAAACUGGCAACAAUAGUCCCCAUGUAACCUGGGCUUGCCAAGGGCCUGGGGCAAGAUGUUGGUGAGGAGGGUUAAGGAGAAGGGGAGGCAGCAAGAAUCACUUCAGGGGACCAAUAUUCUUAGAUACUUAGAGCAUCAUCUUGUUUUUAUAUGAAACACAAGCCUGUCUGCCACCCUGGAGUACCCUGCCGCCCCUGCUAUAGUAGCUGUUGGCUUCAGGGUGAGAAGUGAGAAGCAGCUUGUUGGAUGUCAGGGAGCUCGGCCCUGGGGGCAGGCGAGACAGAGAAGGCAAAGGAAGGGGCUUUGGGAUUUGUAAGCCAGCAGGCAGGGCUGCAUCCACAGUGUUAGUCCAACAAGUUAGACAGUGUCGUCAGCCUGGGGUUUGGCCAGCGACAUCCGGACAGGCCAGGGAGACGGGGGGCAGGCCUCCAGCACAUCUCAGCUGCUGACUUUCUCCUUGAGGCUCUUUGGUGGGUGGCCCAGCAAGGGCCCUGUGCAGGAUGGCAGGAGGGGAGCAUGGGGUGGCCUUAGCAGAAGAGGAACGAUGAGGGCAUUUUAAGAACCAUCUCAGGCACUUCCUUCCAGAGGCCCCAUCCCUCCUGGCCCUUCUGGAGAUGCCCAGGGUACAGGCAGAGGUUGGGAGGGCCAGACUCAGGGGUCAGGAACAGGGACAGACAGCAUGCAGGGAAUGGAGCAGGCAAGCCCGGACAGGGGAGAGGGGCUCCGGUCAAAGUUGCCACGCUGCUGGCCAGGGGCCUCGGUGGGCACAAUCUUUUUUGCGCUUUGCACAAACCUGAAUUCCCCACCAGAGAGGAUGUGUGUGAGGAGCAAGAAACACUGAAUCCAAUUAAGAGAGAAAAAUAAUAAUAAUAAAAAUUAUCUUGGACAAGA